GAUAAAAACUUGUGCUACUUGUGACUGUGCGUCAAACGGCAUGCCCAUGGUGUGGCGUGCAUGGCGAUUUUGAUCUGGUUUACGGGAAUUUUCCAUGUUGUGGUCAGCAUGUGAUACGACGGCAAGUAACGCGGCUGCACCACGCCCCGAGUUGCAUCAAGUGCGGGGUCCCUGCUUGCAGCUUUAAUUGGUUAUUGCAUUGGCUGAAAAAAAUCCAUAUUGUAUAUCCUUACUAAUUACUUCUAUGUUUUAAUAAAAUCUAAAAUCUGGUUGUUUUAAAAAGUGCACUUGAACUUCAUCUGUUCUACUCGUCUGACCUCGUGCUGCUCAUGGAUUGAGUUGAAAAGGAUUAUUUGUUGCAGUUUGACAUUGCAAGACAUAGUAUUCUAUCCCAAAACAUCAGAAGCAGAUAUUCCGAUAGAAUUUGAAAAGCCCGCUGCUUUUCCUACUGUGUGUAGCUGUUGGUGAGGAUGCUAUUACUCAGCCAUGAAGUAAGACUGACGACUCUCCCUAAUGAACAGUUUUAAUAGCACUAAUGGUAUUUAUGAAUCCUGCUUUGUCUGCUGAAUAAUACACAGAUACUUUAGAUGCUUCACAAAUACAUCUGGUCGAGUAGUAUCAGAGCACGAAAGCUGAGACUGAGCUUUCCCACAGUGGCUUAUGUAUGUAUUUCAGCUAAUCACAUACACUGUAACUAGGAGAUAGGAGCUAGGAGAUAGUUACAGUAUUUGCUUCAAUAUUCAAGACCUUGUCCAAUUUUGGACUAAAGAAUAUGUGUUACUGUCACGUUUUACCCUGCCUUGUUGUGAAAAGUACAUGUGUAUGAAAGUGCAGUAUAAACCAUGGUUCACCCAGCAGACCGUUGUUCGACUGUUGUGAAACCAAAAGUGAACGUUGCCAUUGUCAGGUACGCAACUGUAAUCCUAGUUGCACAAAGUAAAGUGUCAGGUUCACUUUGUGCACAAGUUCCAGACUGUAAGAUUUUAGAAAAACUGCCCUUUAGUACAAUAUUAGACCAGUGUAUUCUACAUAAAGGUCUGGAGCUCUUGAAACAUUGGUGUUGCAGAAAACUGGUCUUUUCCCCUUCUGAUUCAUUUAUAAUUUAUACAGUCAAUCUGCUGUUUUUUUUUACCAUUUCUUUAACAUUAGCAGAAAGUAUUAGAACAAGACAAGAGUAAAAAGUGAUAUAAUUUGGUACCAACCAGCAGUUUUUGAGUAUGUACAGUGACAGUCACAACUUUAUUGUGAGUGUGCUUUGGUGCAUUAAUGUGAUAUGAGAAACAGCUCACUUUAGCAACUUCUUAGUGCACAUGAAUUGAAAAAUGUGUGAGUUGUACAUGUUCUUAGCGCUUGUAUUUUUAAUAACCACUGGGUUGAGUGUGAUAAAUGAUGCAUGUUUUACACUGAAAAUAUCUAUUUAAUAAACUAACCACUCAAAACAGCACAUAGAUCCUCUUCCUCUGGUGCAAUUUCCUGUUGCAGUUUGACAGACAUGCCUGUACUUCGAAACCACAGCUUCUGUGCCUUCGCUUUUGCCGUUUUAUUCUUAAAGCAUGGGGAGCAUAGUGGAGAUAUUACUGUGGGCCUUGAUUAUCCUGGACUCAGGGGGGUGUUCAGUCUCACUGCCAGAAAUCACUGAUGGAAACUUCAUUAAUCAGUGUGUGAUGGAGCACAACAGGGCACGGUCAUCCGUCAGUCCAGCUGCAAGUAAUAUGCUGUACAUGACAUGGGAUGAAGGCUUGGCCAUCACUGCAAGAGCGUGGGCAAGACACUGUCUAUUUGAACACAACACCUUCCUCAACGAUGUCCGCCGAGUGCACCCUACCUUCAGCUCAGUAGGAGAAAACAUAUGGACAGGCUACCCGCCAUCAUCUUUUGAUGUGGCACGUUCAAUUAAAAGUUGGGUGGAUGAAACACAACACUAUGACUACAACAGCAACGCCUGCACUAAAGUCUGUGGCCACUACACACAGGUUGUGUGGGCAAGAAGCUACAAGGUUGGUUGUGCUGCCCAGCUGUGCCCAAAUGGUGUCAAAAACACUGGAUUUGGUUCUAGAGAGAGUGUGAUUUUUGUAUGCAACUAUGCUCCAGCGGGUAACGUGGCCAGAAGGAAACCAUAUGAAACCAUGGGUACAGAAUGUUCUGGAUGUGAAGGCACAUGUGAAAAUAGUCUCUGCCGUAGCCAAGAACGUGAUUCACAGAAAAGCUACAACUGGAGCCCAGACUGGGACCCUGCCGUGGCUGUCAGUGGCUCCAACUAUGUGUCUAUUCUGAUUGCCCGACCCAUUGCCCUCAUCUUCACCUUCAUCACAGCAUAUGUAGUCCACCACUUUUACCCUGAUGUCUUCUGCUACGAAUAGACCACCUAUGAAGGACAUGGACUUAUUCAGUUAGUGCCAAGAUGAAGAUUUUAGUUCAAUUCAACUUUAUCAACUUAAUUAAACAGCUUUUAUGUCCCAAUACAACCGUACUUCAAAAAGGUCCAGUGUACAACAUUUAGGAGGGUCUACAUGCAGAAAUGGAAUAUGAUAUUCAUAGUGAUAUAAUAUAUUUCAAUAGUGUAUAAUCAUGGGGUUGCUAUCUGCAACUGCACUGCUAGAUGCAACUAAAUCCAACACACUGGACCUUUAACUGUCAAAACGUACUUGCCUUUUACCCAGCUUCUUUGUAGAGACACAGUGACACCGUUAGCCACAGGUUUAAGCCGUCAGACAGGAGACAAGCAAUCUACUCCCCUCAGGUCUGGGAGAGAAAAAAGUGAAUGCAUAGUCAAAUGGCUAUGUGAAAUGUAAAAGAUGAUUUUAUGGCCCAUAACUUUUAGAUUCCAAGUCAUUCCGGCUUGCACAUAAUCAAUAACAGCGAUGGCCACACAAACCAUGCAGGUUAGAUUUGUGUCCGACGUGAUGCCAACCUGCUCUGACAUCUUUCACACGUGGGCAACGAUAACCUUGCGAGUUGAGGCGGUUGCAAUUUUUACAACCCAGGCACCGCAGUUGCUCUACACCGAUUGCAAUUAAGAUUGAAUUUUUUCACAAACCUAUCUUGUGUGGUUGAUAAUAACAAAGUUUAUUCAUAAUCUGAGUGUGGUGUGUAGGUAGCCUAGACUCUAAAUGAGUGCUAAUCAUUUGCUCUGUCUGGAUGAAUACAUAGCAACUCCUAGCUAACAUGUUGCAACAUCAGCUGUAUGAGGUGAUAAUAUGUCAGUAUUACAUCAAUAGUGCUUUGAUGGUAGUACUCUGCAACAAGGAUUCUGCAGGUUUCAACAGGUUCACUGUAAGACCUUUUAAUAUGCAAUUUAAGAGCCAUUUUACAUGCAUACUGGAAAAAUAAAUUGUCAUCAGUAUUGGUUCCUUGUCUGUUCCGUUUUGUAGUUGUUACAUCUUUCCCAAAAACACGAAUACAACACUGAACACGCAACUUUAUACAAGUAGCAUUAACAUCAUUAAUCCAAUCGACGUUUAAGACAAAAAAUGUCAAAAUCACAUUUAAGAUGUUUUAAGGCCUAAAAUUCUGAUUAUUGGAUUUAAGACUUUUAACACCCUGUGGACUCUGUGCAAAGCAAUUAAUGUGACUAAAUGAAAUUAAGGCACACCUAAGAAAAAAAAUUUGAUCCAGAUGUUUAAAAAUCCUCCUUUAAUUUUACAUUUCCAUCGGUUUGUCCGCCUCUUCCUGAAUCCACAUCAGUAUUCAGGAGGAAAAAUAUACUUUGAAACGUAUAAACACUGACCAUACAAAGUCUGAACAAUAGUUAGAAGACAAAUGAAGACAUCAUCAUUUUCUGGUGGUCUGUUCAUGUCCUUUGACAGAGUUGGUGUCCAGAUAGAAGAUUAUAGAUUGUAACAUGAACAGGAAAUCGUCACCACAGAAGUAGCUCAAUAGAAAACGUCCAUGACGGAAUUCAUUUUGAUCCAAGCACACACACUGUAUGCCUCCUGUUCCUUUGUCCCUACAGAGUCCUUGUUCUGUCCAACAAGACUGCUAAACAAAUACCAUUUCACAUGGUACACAUUACAACAGGGGUGGUGUAAGUGCGUGGUUAGCCUUUGUUUUUUGUUUUGCUCUUUUUCUUUUUGUUGCUGGUACUGCUGGUGGGAGUUGCUGGGUUCACUGGGGGAGCCCCCAGUUUCUUGGUUUUUGCCCUUUUCACUUUCUCCUUAAUGGCUUCGAUGUCCAGCUUGCCUUCUGUAGGAGCUGUGACAAAAACAAAAUAAACAAGGGUGAGACAGAGCUCAGCUGUAUUGUUACAGUGUACAGUUUACGAUAUGUUUGCUUUGCUCUUGAAUAAAGUCUUCUUUUAUUUCUACC